AGGCCUGGCAGUGUGUAACUUCCCGACCUAGGGUUUCCUCAUACUUCUCCUCCCAAUCUCUCGACUCCAAUUCUUUCAAACCCUAAUUUCUUCUAAACUGAUCCAAAAAAAAACCAUGAGGAAAGACCGAAAGCGAUCGCAACGCGAGGACUCCUCCUCCUCCUCCACCACCAUUAUCGACCGCAACAACCACCACAAGAAGCACCACCACAACAACAGCACCCCCCCAAUUCCGCCAACUGGUAAGCCGUCGUCUUCCGCCUUCGUUUCGUACCUCGAAAUCCCCAACUUAAACCCUAAGUUGAAGCUUUUCUGCGAAAUCAUCGCCAACACCCCCUCCCUCUCCGUCGAGAAGGUUCUCGACGAUACGGGCAUUAGGGUUUCCCAGGAGGACGUCGAGGAAGUCCUCAAGCUCUCCUACGGGUUCCCCGGCCCCGCCGUGAAGUUCUUCCGGUGGUCCGGGAUCCAGUUACGCGACAGACACAGCCCUUACGCUUGGAAUUUAGUUGUGGAUUUGUUAGGCAAGAAUAAGCUGUUUGAUGCAAUGUGGGACGCGAUUAAGUCCAUGAGGAAAGAAGGGUUGCUUUCGCUGGCGACUUUCGCGUCGGUUUUUAGCAGUUACGUUGGUGCUGAUCGAGUUGACGAAGCGAUCAUGACGUUUGAGGUGAUGGAUCAGUACGGGUGUAGGAGGGAUACGGUGGCGUUGAAUUCACUCAUUAGUGCCGUUUGUAGGGAGGGGAAGAUGGUGAAGGCGAGGGAGUUUUUGCGCGUGGCCAGGGAGCUGGUUAGGCCGGAUGCUGAUACGUAUGCGAUUUUGCUCGAGGGGUGGGAGAAUGAAGGGGAUGCGGCUAGUGCUAGGCAGACUUUUGCACAGAUGAUAAGUGAUAUAGGUUGGGACCCAAAGAAUGUGCCUGCGUACGAUUCGUUCUUGACCACUUUGGUUAAGGCUCCGGAUGGGAUGGUGGAGGUGUUGAGGUUUUUGGAAACGAUGAAGGAUAGGGGAUGUCAUCCGGGGGUGAAGUUUUUCAAGGUUGCGCUUGAAGAGUGCGUGAGGACAGGUGACGGGAGGAGUGCUAAGUUACUUUGGGAGACAAUGAUUAGAAUAAAUGGGUUUAGACCUGAUACCCAGAUGUAUAAUUCGGUGAUUGCUUUGCAUGGUUAUCUUAAUGAUUCUGACUUAGCUAUAGGGCUUUUGGACGAAAUGGUAUUUAAUGGUGCUUUCCCUGACUCUCAGUCAUAUAGUAUAUUGUUGAGAUUCUUGAUUAAGAAAAAGAGGGUACGGGAUGCUUCGCCGGUUUUUGCUGAAAUGGUUAAGAAUGAGUUUGUUCCUGACCAUGAAAUCUGUAGUUCAGCUGUUAAGAUGUAUAUGGAUCAUGGGGACACUUACAUGGCCAUCAAGGUUUGGAAAUUCAUGAUUGAGAAUUACAAGUCUGAUUUGGAAGAAACUGGGAAUACGCUGGUGAUGGGGCUUCGUGAGAUUAAUAGGGUCCCCGAAGCUGUCAAGUAUGCUGAGGAUAUGAUUGAUCGAGGGAUCAAGUUGAAAUCUUCUACAUUGUCACUGUUGAAACAGAGCCUUUCCAAAGUGGGGAAGGGGUUUCUUUAUGACGAGCUUCUGAGGAAAUGGAAAACUCGAUAGCUUUCGUUGUGGAGUUUAUAUGCAGAAGAGAUCUAUCGAUUUUGUUAGAAGUCGGCAGAAAACAGCUGUUUGUCCUAGUGUUCGGUGAUUGGUCCUCAUAUUAUGGGAACCUUAUGUAUUGCACUUCACAUGGUAUGUUGAUAUUGAUGAGAUAUACUGCUUGCACACACGAAGGAAAGCGUUCAAACACAGGGGAAGGAAGCACAAUCUGGCCUGUGUUACCCAAACAGUGAGCAAUAAGGAAGUUGAGCUUAUAAUGAACAGUCUUGAGGUGAAUGAAGAAGAGGUAACUUGAAGCUUGCACGCCCGUAGGAAAGCGUUCUAACACAGAGAGGAAGGAAGCACAAUCUGGCCCGUGUUACCCAAACAGUGAGCAAUAAGGAAGUUGAGUUUAUAAUGAACAGUUUUGAGGUGAAUCAAGAAGAGGUAACUUGAAGCUUGCGCACCCGAAGGAAAGCGAACAAACACAGAGAGGAAGGAAGCACAAUCUGGCCCGUGUUACCCAAACAGUGAGCAAUAAGGAAGUUGAGUUUAUAAUUAACAGUCUUGAGGUGAAUGAAGAAGAGGUAACUUGAAGCUUGUAUAUGGGUGUGUUUUCCACAAUUACUCGGAACGAUUAAUUUAUCUAUCUCCUCGUUUGAUGCUUCUAGUUUCAAGAAUAGCGCAAAUGGUUAGGAGUUUUUUGUAGAAUCGUAAGGUAAUGACUGUUAGUUGUAUGGACACUCUGUCAAAUUACUGUUAGUUGUACUAUUUGCCCGUUAAAA